CUUAAUUGUGGGCAAUUCAAAUAAAAUGUCUGAUAGCUCUGAGCAUUUUGUUAUCCGUGUCCGGGGCCUCCCGUGGUCCGUUUCAGAAGAUGAAGUAAUGGAGUUCUUUUGUAAUUGUUCAAUUAAAGAUGAUAAAGCUGGAAUUCACUUCACCAAGAACCGUGAAGGAAGACCGUCUGGGGACGCCUACAUUGAAAUGGUUUCACUCAAGGAUGUAAAAGAAGCGAUGAAACUGAACAACAAGAACAUGGGAAAACGUUAUAUCGAAGUGUUUGAGGCUCGUUGGAGUGAGAUGGAAUGGAUGAUUCAGAAGAACGUGAACAAGGAAGGGAGGGAGAUUCCGGAACAGGAGGGAGAAUUUGAGGCUACUAGUGAAAACGUUGUGAGGCUGCGUGGUCUUCCGUUUGAGGCUGGUAGAGAGGAAGUUAGAAGGUUUUUCGAAGGUACAUACGUUCUUUUUGCAUUUAAAACACAAAUCUCCACUGUUUACUGGCUAAUUAAUAAAACUUAA